AUGUCGUUUACCGUACAAAAACAAAUCGGUACAAACCUCAUGAAAUACCUCGAGUAUGAUCCCGCGCGACUCCUCCGAAUUCAUAUCGAGAUAGUAAUUCAAGAGCCGUCUCAAAUCCUUGGACUCAGGGAUAAUCAUGAUUAUGUCCCUGAGGAUAAAGAGUGGAAAAGACUAGAGAAUUUAUCGAGGCAAUGCCUAAUAAUCCGAUCAAAUCGAGAAAACCCCGACCGGCUGGUAAGCAUCAAAACAUUUCACGCGUUCGUGUUAGCAAAAUCCCACUACUCCACCAGGCGCUAUCCCGACCUCUGCUUCUCCACCUUAGCCGAGUCUAUUAAUGACGGCCACCGGAACUUGACCUCGCAUAAGGACUUCAUCCUCGUAACGUUGGAAAAAACCAUCGCCGCCGAGGAGAAAACCCUACUUUCCGCCGCGCUUAACAAUCAGGUGAGGAUCCGAAAAAUACAAAAACAGAGGAAAAAUAGAGAAAUUUUGUAG